AUGGGGUAUGGAAAUGGCAAUAUGAGAGAAGACAAAAGAUGGGAAAGACGGAAAAUGAAAGCAGCAGGGAUAGAUGUUGAAGAGACAUACUCGGAUGAUGAUCUCGAUGUGUUUGAUUUGGUUUAUGCUGAAGAACCAUGUCAUUUUUUGAAAGAUGCCGAGUCAGUAUGCAAUAUAAAAAGCAAUAGAAGUAUUGAAGCUCUUGGCACUGAGAUAGGAGAAAUAGCAAAACGAGAAAGUGUAUUUCUGAAAGCACAGCCAAAGAAGAAUGUGAAGUGGCUGAUAGAACAGGAUUUUGAGCAGAAUAUGAAAUCAUCUAAGCCUCCGGUUAGUAGUGUUCGGCAUGAGCUAAUGGAUGCAGUGAAAAACAACCAAGUAUUGCUUGUUGUAGGAGAGACAGGAUCUGGAAAAAGCACACAAAUACCGCAGUACUUGUACCAUGAGGGAUAUGGCAAUGCGGGUGUUAUAUGCUGUACACAGCCAAGAAGAGUUGCAGCAAUAAGUUUAGCAAAUGGCCUGAAAGCUGAUCUCGGUGCAUUGAUUGGCUAUAGUGUUAGAUUUGAUGAUAAAUGCACAGCAGAGACGAAAAUAAAGUACAUGACAGAAGGUGUUUUUCUUCAGGAGCUCCUGUACGAUAGAAUGCUUAGGAAGUACUCGGUGGUUGUUUUAGAUGAGGCUCAUGAACGAAGCACAAACCUUGAUGUGUCUAUGGGACUUCUGAAGUUGGUUAUUGAAAGUAGAAGUGAUCUUAAGGUGAUAAUCAUGAGUGCAACUAUGGAAGUUGAUAAAUUUAGCAAGUAUUUUGGAUGUCCUGUAUUUAGGAUUGAUGGAAAGAGCUAUCCUGUGGAUAUUAAGUAUCUGAAUGUGAAUGUUGAUGAUUAUGCAGAAUGGAUAGUGAAGAAAGUAUUGCAUAUACAUGAGUCUGAUGAAGAGGGCGAUAUCCUUGUUUUUGUGACAGGAAAAGAGGAUGUUGAUGGGAUAGUCAGUAUACUAAAUCAUUAUACUACAGAGGAAGGAACAAGCGGCAAGUGUUUGAAAACUCUUCCGUUUUACAGUCAGUUGGAUCCUGAGAGACAAGCUGAGGUGUUUAAAAAAGAUAAGGAUGCUAGAAAAUGCAUAGUCUCAACAAACAUUGCAGAGACAUCCUUAACGAUCCCAAAUAUAAGGUAUGUAAUAGAUUCAGGACUUCAUAAAACGAGUGUUUAUGAUGAUGAGUCUGGAGAGUCUCUGGUGGUUGUUCCAAUAAGCAGAGAUAAGGCUGAUCAACGAGCAGGAAGAGCAGGAAGAACUAUGCCAGGCAUAUGCUACAGAAUGUAUACGCAUAACACAUAUGAAAUGCAUAUGCUUGCGCGUUCAGUGCCUGAGAUUCAAAGGGCAAGUGUGUAUGAUGCGAUUCUUUUGAUUCUUAGAUAUGGAGUUAAAGAUCUGACAAAGUUUGAUUUUGUGGAUUGCCCGAGCAUGUGUUUGAUUAAGAAAGGAAUGCAUAUACUCUAUCGAUUAGGUGCAAUAGAUUAUGAUGGAAAUGUAACUGAAGUAGGUAGAGAGAUGGGCGAAUUGAGAUUAGAGCCUUGUUUGUCUAAGAUGGUUUUGGAAUCUGCUAAAUAUAGAUGUAUUAGAGAGAUAGCUGGGAUUGUGAGUAUGCUUAGUGUUGAAUGGCCAUUAAGGAAAGAGUUUAACAAAGAAUGUUUUCUGUGUGAUGCUGAGUGUGACUUCAUAACACUUCUGAAUGUUUUCAAUGAAUUUUGUUUACAGAAGGACAAGCAAACCUGGUGUAAACUCAUGAAUGUUGACAGAAAGGCAUUGGAAAAGGCAGAAAAGAUAAAUAAGACGGUGGAAGAGUAUUUCCACAGAAGAAGCAUAAAUAUCACAAGUUCAGAACAUUCAGAUAUGAAUGCAGUUAAAAGAUGUAUUAUAUCAUCUCUAUAUUACAAAAUUGCAAAAAAGAAAGGCAAUCGAUAUGUGUGCUUGAGUGAUUUUAGAAUAUGCAAAGUACAUCCAUCGUGUAUAGUGAGAGAUGGCCAGUAUCUUGUGUUCUAUAAAUAUCUUAUUACUAAAUCUGAAUAUAUCCAUUGCUGUAUGAAUGCUAAUCCACAGAUUAUUCUCGAAGAAGCAGGCAAACAUUAUAGAGACAGGUAUGGAUCAGGCAUAGAGCAAAAGAGCAUGAAAAGGCAAUUGGAAGCUCCAAAAUCAUUUGUAUCCAAGAACAAUGAGAUUAAGGUUUCUAAACAGAUUGAAAAUCAACUGUUAAUACAAAGAAUCAAUGAAAAUCUGUACGAUAGAUUUGAAAUAUGGAGCGGAUCAGAAGAAAGUGAUGAAAUAGAACUUCCAAGAAAGAUCAGAAAGCCAAUUGUAUAA